AUGGCGGCUCCAAAGCUGACCAAAAACCAAUUGCGCCGGGCAAAGAAGAAGGAGCAGAAAAAAUCCCAGGCUGAGAAUGGAGUUAAACCCACGAACGAUAACGUCGAAACCGAGGAGUCUGAAAAAGAUGGCGAACUCGCGGAGAAUGAAGCCUCGAAGCUCGAAGUCAAGAGGGAUCCAGACUCCUCAGAUAAGGUCGAGGCUGAUGGACCGGUUACGGAGGACUUUAUUCCUCUCGACGACGAAGAUGAGGAUCCGACAUUUGCCAUGUACAAGAAUAUCUUCACCAAGUUCGGCGUGACCUUGGAGGAUGACGCAAUCGCGAAGGAAGCCAAUGCCGGGAAUAAGGGCGAGGUCUUCUUCAGUGACGAUGAUCAAAUCCCAGACGAGGAAGAGGAAGCGAGCGGGCAGACCAAGCUCUCGAAAAAGAAACGGAAGAAGCUCAACAAGCUCUCCAUCGCAGAACUCAAGGCAUUAGUGAAGAACCCGGAAGUUGUGGAAUGGCAUGAUGUGUCAUCAUCAGACCCUCGCUUGUUGGUGCAGAUCAAGGCACAGCGAAACAUCGUGCCGGUACCGAGUCACUGGUCACUGAAACGAGAGUACCUGUCAAGCAAGCGGGGUGUCGAAAAGCCACCCUUCAAACUGCCCAAGUUCAUCGCGGAAACCGGAAUUACGGAGAUGCGUGAUGCGGUGCUGGAAAAGCAGGCAGAGCAGUCUCUGAAGCAGAAGCAGCGGGAGAGGGUGCAACCUAAGAUGGGAAAGCUGGACAUCGACUAUGCGAAGCUCUACGAUGCCUUCUUCCGCUUCCAAACGAAACCAGAUCUUACCCGCUUCGGAGAUGUUUAUUACGAAGGCAAAGAGUGGGAGGCUGAUUAUCGGGUCUUCAAGCCCGGCGAUCUCAGCGAUGGUCUUCGAGAGGCACUUGGCAUGCAGCCCGGAUUUCCACCUCCAUGGCUUCUCCAACAGCAACGCCUUGGGCCCCCGCCAUCCUAUCCGACCCUCAAGAUUGCCGGCCUCAACGCCCCUCUACCUACGGGUGCGGCUUGGGGCUUCCAAGCCGGCCAAUGGGGCAAGCCGCCACUGGACGAAUACAAUCGUCCCCUCUACGGGGGUGACAUCUUCGGCGUCGUCGGUGGCGCACCAGGCAUGCCUUUCCAGCCGCAGCAAGGGCAGCAACAACAGCAGCAGCAGCAGCAGCCACCGCCGCAACAGCUGCCGCAGCAACCGCAGGCACCUCAAAUACCUCAGGGAGAGCCAGUCGAGCGCACCCUUUGGGGCGAGCUGCAGCCGCCUGCUGAGGAAUCUGAAGAAGAGGAGUCGGAGGAGGAAGAAGAAUCCGACGAAGAGGACGCGGACAUCCCUGGUGGCGUCGAGACCCCGAGCGGUGUUGAAACACCAGCUGGUUACGCUAGCACGGUUCAUACCGACUUCCCUGCCGGCGUGCCAGCAGGAGUCGAAACCAACCUGGCUGGCGAGUUCGACCUCAGAAAGACGCGCCGCGGCUACGAAACGGAGGAGAGCACCGCCGGCCCCCGCACUGCCCACCAAGUUAUCGCCGAGCGACACGGUCGUGCUGAGGGCUUCUUCGGCUCCGAUAAGACCUACGACCUCUCCAAGCAGCCCGCGAUUCCUGUGCUUGGCCAGGACGAUGAGGCCGGGCGAAAGCGCAAGAAGCCCGGUGAUGUUGAUGUCGCGCUGGAUCCGGACGCACUGAUGAACCAGGAUGGUAUCAGCAAGGACGAGUUGCGGCGGAAGUUCGAUGCGGGCAGAAAGGAGGAGGGUGUUGGUGCACAGUGGUCGUCGUCGUACGACGAUGAUCUGACCGAUAUGAUCGCUCAGGAGAGCCGGAAACGGCAGAAGCGGGACGAGGACCGGCGGGGCGAGAAGCGGAAGGAGCAAAAAUACCGGUUCUAA